GUAAACAGAGGCGCUCAACUAAAAGGAAGUUAUAAAUUUCUUCUGGUUAAAUAGUGAAUAGUCCUGUAACACAGAAUUUCUAAUUCAACGUCCACCACAGAAAGUAUGUCAAUAACCAGGCCACCAUGGCUGCUUAGUUCCCCUCUCUUAUUCCUCGCUGCAACUUUUUCUUCUUCUCGUGUGACUUUAAGUAGUUGUCCUCCUUUAAACUACUUGUUAUCUUCUCUGUCUACUCAAAAUCCAGUCAGGCAAAGUCACAGAACAGCAUCAUAUCGAUACUCCUCUUACGGUGAAGACGAAGAGGAUGAUGCCUUGAGUUGCAGCUUCGAUGAAGCUGUACUGCUGUUCAACGAACGGGACUACUACAAGUGCCAUGAUGUUCUGGAAUCUCUUUGGAACAAAUCCCAAGACCCGGUUCGUACACUUGUUCAUGGAAUCCUACAGUGUGCCGUAGGCUUCCAUCACCUCUUCAACCAGAAUCAUAAAGGAGCAAUGAUGGAGUUGGGCGAGGGAGUGUGCAAGCUGCGGAAGAUGAAUUUGGACAGCGGACCAUUUCAUGAGUUUGAGCAGGAGAUUUCUGCUGUUCUUGAAUUCAUUUAUCAGACUCAGCUAGAGUUUGCUGCUUGUAUAGAGGAUUAUUGUCUGGCGAUGGAUCAAUCGGAGCAAUCGUAUAAACUUCUGGGAGGAUAUGGUGCUAGGCAGCGUAUGUACAGUUUGGACUUGGAAACUGACAACAAAGUGGCUUUUAUUGUAUUCUGUCCUGAAGGAGUUGAGUCUUACAGUGCUGUGGCCUCCUCUGAUCGACCAAGAAUUAAACUCCCAAACCUUCUUGCGACUCAACAACAACUCAUGGACCUGGAUUACAGUUAAUAUUUUCUGGAUUGUAUAUACACUUAAGUAGUGUUGCAUUUCUCCUGUUUGCAGUUUCUGUUGUGGUCUUGUGGAUAAUAAUAUAAUAUAGAUGAUGAGUGAGUUAUUUCUA